GACUCCUGCUUAGUCGCACGCGCAGUGAACUUUCAAUUCAAAUUCAAAUAAUGAACAAGUGCUCAAUUACUUCUUGUUCUUGAUACUUGUAGCUCUUCUACGCUUCAACAACCAACGUUGUUUACAAAUCUAACAAUAUUAUCUGUUUGUGUUUCUUUUUUAUAAGAGGUUUAAUAUGGACGGUCCAACAGGACCAAAUUCCUGCCGCUUGCAAAACGACGAGUCCAUUCUCAAUCCAACGCUUGACAGACUUGCCGUAGAUGACAGACCGGAGCUGCGCUGUCAAAGUGACAGCUGUCAGUGUGACACACAGGGCGAAGUUAAAUUAAAAAGCAAGAGAUUCGGCCGCGGUGCUGUAGAAACAGGUUUAACGCACGAGUGUGGUGUGUUUGGCGCAAUUGGGACAGGAGAAUGGCCCACUCAAGUGGACAUUGGGCAGGUUAUAUGUUUGGGACUGGUGGCGCUACAGCACAGGGGGCAAGAAUCUGCGGGUAUUGUAACAUCAGAGGGGAAAAGCGCGCGCACAUUUAACACACACAAGGGGAUGGGUCUCAUAAACAAUAUAUUCAAUGAUGAAGCCAUGAAGAAAUUGAAGGGAAACCUCGGAAUUGGGCACACUAGGUAUUCAACAUCAGCAGCGUCAGAGGAAGUAAACUGCCAGCCGUUUGUUGUGCACACAGCCCACGGCGCGCUCGCGGUUGCACACAACGGGGAACUUGUUAAUUGCAGCAGUCUCAGGAAAAUGGUUCUUGGUCGUGGAGUUGGUCUCUCAACGCACUCCGACUCGGAGCUGAUCACGCAGGCGCUUUGCCUCAACCCGCCAGAGGGAGAGACUAAUGGACCUGACUGGCCAGCGAGGAUCAACCAUCUCAUGAGAUUAGCCCCGCUGAGUUACUCGUUAGUGAUAAUGUUGAAAGACAAGAUAUACGCCGUGCGCGAUCCGUACGGCAACAGGCCGCUGUGCCUCGGCAAAAUCCUGCCUUUGGGAUCCUCAUAUGUCUACAAGCAAUCAUCAGCGCAGCAUGCCGCGGCUUUAUUGCCAACAGUUUUGAUGAACGGCUGUGCAAAGAACGGAAUUGAAGACAGGGCUGAGGGGUGGGUGGUGUCAUCCGAGUCUUGUGGUUUCUUGUCUAUUGGUGCCCGCUACGUGCGCGAAGUGCUCCCCGGCGAGAUAGUGGAGAUGUCGCGCCACGGCAUCCGCACCGUGGACGUGGUGGAGCGGCCCGCCGGCAAGCAGCAGGCCUUCUGCAUCUUCGAGUACGUGUACUUCGCGAGGGCUGACAGUAUGUUUGAAGGUCAAAUGGUGUACUCAGCGCGGCUGCAGUGCGGGCGCAUGUUGGCGCGCGAGUCGCCCGUGGACGCCGACAUCGUGUCGUCCGUGCCCGAGUCCGGCACCGCCGCCGCGCACGGCUACGCGAGACAGUCCGGCAUACCAUUCAUGGAGGUGCUGUGCAAGAACAGAUAUGUGGGGAGGACGUUCAUCCAGCCCUCGACCCGUUUACGUCAGCUGGGCGUGGCCAAGAAGUUCGGGGCGCUCUCUGAGAACGUGAGGGGCAAGAGAAUCGUGCUCAUAGACGACUCUAUAGUGAGAGGGAACACUAUAGGCCCGAUUAUCAAGCUGCUGAGAGACGCUGGGGCGGCGGAGGUGCAUAUAAGGAUAGCGUCUCCCCCCCUUAAAUACCCGUGCUACAUGGGUAUAAACAUCCCCACCCGAGAGGAGCUGAUUGCCAAUAAAAUGGACACGUUUAAAUUGGCUGAACACGUCGGCGCUGACAGUCUCGAAUACCUGAGCGUGGAGGGUCUGGUGAGCGCAGUGCACUACAACAUGAAGGCCACGCCCAGCGACGGUGUGGGCGGCCACUGCACCGCCUGCCUCACCGGAGACUACCCCGGGGGCCUGCCGGAGGACGUCGAUUGGUAGAAAAUGGUAGUGGUAGUUUGGUAGAUGAUGGUAGAAUGGAUGCUUUUGUGGUAGGUUUGUAGAGGUCGUUUUAUACGUACGUCGGGAGUGAUUUAAAAUUGUGGACAUGUCCGACUGGUUAAAUUCGUAUUUUGAAUUCAGCGGUUUAUUAAUGAUAGCAAGACGACACUGUUACCGCGAUGUACUUUGUACCUACGUCAAAUAAAUACAUAUACAUUAAUGCUCAUGUAGAAAAUAUUACUAGAAUAUAACUAUUUAUAAGAAUUGUACUAGAACAAUGGAAAUAUUCUGAAAAACAUAAAAUUUAAUCACUCCAGACGUACCCGCUUUCAAACGAGUCAGUCUGUUACUCAAAAAUUAUCGUAUACUAUAUAAUCAAAACCUCACAUGACAUUCUAAAUACGCAUUGCUGUAUGUCUUCAAGUGCCUUAUCUUUAAUUGGAUGUUUUGUACAUUUAUAUUAUAAGUAUUUUGUGACGGGUCGUGCUGGUUUCGCCCCGAGUAGAAUAAGCAGUGACGUUGCAUCUCAGAGGGACACCGUGACGUAUUAGCAGAGUAUUGAGUACGGUGUGGGAAAGUGAUGGCGCUAUACGAUCUACAUUGCUGUCCUUUUCCCACUUUUUGGAAUUAAUACUCUAAGACGUCACAGUAACCCUCCAGAUAUAUACAAUAUGUUGAUUGUUCGAAUAUUAUAACGAAUAUAUAUUUAGUAUAAGAGAAUAUUUUUAAAGAUUUUUCCUAAUUUGAAUAGAAAUAUAUGGUCGAAUACACUCUUUAUAUGUAUUUUGUAGAUUAGGUUUCAUUCCACGUUUUUCUAUUUGUAGUAUUCAUAAAUCGUUGUCGAAUGAUUAUUAUAGGUGAUCUGAUUUUAAAACCUAGGGACUGUAUGUACAUUCCAAAACUCAUUUGAAAUCGAAUGUUUUUUUUAACAUUUUUUUUAGGUUAUUUUGAAUUAAUUGUUUUUAUUUAGUUACGAAUUUGUUCUAUUACUAAUUACAAAGUACAAAUGUUA